AUGACCGACCGCCACAUUUUCAACGACCACACUACGCUGGUGGCGCGCUCUCUGCGCGGCCUCGUCGCCCACAACCCUCGCCUCAACCUGAUUCCAGCCCUCAAGGUCGUGUACCGCGCCGACGCUGACCGGUCAAAGGUCACGACAAUCUGCGGCGGUGGCAGCGGGCACGAGCCGGGAACACCAGGCUUUGUAGGCCAGGGCCUUCUCACUGCCGCUGUCGCCGGUGACGUGUUCGCGUCGCCUAGUGCACGCCAGGUGCUUGGUGCCAUCAAGGCCGUGCCGAGCGACAAGGGGACGAUCCUGAUCAUCACGAACUACACCGGCGACAACCUCCAUUUCGGCCUGGCGCGCCUCAUGGCGCAGGGACAGGGUAUUGAGAAUGUCGAGCUUGUUGUGGUUGGCGACGACGUGUCCGUCCCGCACAGCCAGGGAAAGAUGGUCGGGCGCCGUUGCUUGGCAGGUAUCAUUCUGAUCUCCAAGAUCAUGGGAGCGGCGUCCGAGGCGGACAUGGACUUCCAGCCCAUGGUCAAGCUGGGGCGUUCGAUGGCAUCCAACACGGCGUCGGUGUGUAUGGCUCUCGAGCACUGUCACGUUCCUGGACGCAGUGGCGAGUGGGCGCAGAUUGGCGCGGGCCGCUGCGAGAUCGGAUUGGGUCUGCACAACGAGACGGGCGUGUUCAACAUCCCCCAGCCAGAGCCCGAGGAGCUGUUCAAGAUGAUGCUCGACAUGAUGUUGAAGCAGGACGACCCCGAGCGUAGCUUUGUCAAGUUUGCCGACGGCGACGAGCUCAUUCUCCUCGUCAACAACCAGGGCGGGUUGAGCCCGCUCGAGAUGGGUGCUGUUGUUGACGAGACACUGCGCCAGCUCGAGGAGCGUGGCAUCGUCCCGAAAAGAGUGUUCAGCGGUGUGUUCAUGGGCUCGAUGAACAUGCCUGGCGUGAGCUUGUCGCUGCUCAACCUCACCAAUGUUGCGCGCGAGUGCUCGGCAGAAGGUAUCACAGUCGAAAGGCUGUUGGAGUUUACCGAUGCCGAGCAUAAUUCCGUUGCUUGGCCCGCCGCAUACAGGACGUACCGCGACGUGCCCAAGGACUUGGCGGAGCGUAAGCGCGCCGACGCAUACUUUGAGCUGCCCGAGGAGAAGAAGGAGGCGAAACCGACGGGGCCGGCGCUCAAGGUUAACCCCGAGGUGAUCCAGGCCGCGCUCAAGUACGCUGCCGAGGACGUUGUGGCUCUCGAGCCCCAGCUUACCAAGUGGGACACGAUUGUUGGCGAUGGCGACUGCGGCGAGACUUGCGAGAUGGGCGGAUUGGCGGUCCUCAAGGCGGUCAAGGAGGGGUUGGGCAAGGAUGGCGACCUCGUCACUCUGUUCCGUGACCUGACUGAGAUCAUCGACGAAGCUUGCGGAGGAACCCUGGGCGCCAUCUUCUCCAUCUUCCUCGCGGGCAUGACGACAAGCAUCCUUGCCGCCGCAAAGAGCAGCCCGCAGCCCGAGAUUAAUGGCGAGUGGUUUGGCAAGAUGGCACUCGAGGGUCUCGAGACGCUCAAGCAGCGAACGGCGGCGCGUGUUGGUCACAGGACGGUCAUGGACGCCCUCAUCCCCUUUGCUGACGAGUUGGCCAAGACUGGCGAUAUCGCAAAGGCCGCGGCGGCGUGCCGUGCAGGAGGAGAGAGCACAUCGACCCUCAAGGCCAAGCUUGGGCGUGCAGCCUACGUCGGCGACCGCAAGGACCAGCAGAUGCCCCCCGACCCAGGAGCCAUGGCAAUGGUGGCUGUCGCCGAGGGCAUUGUAAAGGCGGCCAACAAGUAG